AUGUCGCAGCACGACAUAUUGAUUAGUUCACAUCAGGACGAUUCGGAUAUCACUAUUAUACAUCCAUCGAUUGUAGAUGACGAUCCGAAUAUUUAUGUGAAUAAUACACAAACAGCAAGUUUCCAUUCGAUGACUACUCCUCCUGGUAAUCGUUGUGGAAAUGAUUUCGUCUUUGUUGAUCAUAAUCCCCAGGAAAAUGCGAAGAAAAUCGAACAAGUUUUAGAUUACUAUCUUCGCGAUCUUAGACAAGAAAGUAAAAGCCAAUUGGAAUGUAGUCAACAGUUGGUCACACGUCUGAUGGAUCUUAUUCGGCCAGCGUAUCCAAAUGAUCAACACAAAAUGAUCGAAUUAGACGCAAUUAUGAGAGAUAUUGCGAAUUUUCACGAUAAACGACAUGUUGAAAACGAGGGCAAAAUACAAGAGUUACAAGCCGAAAUUCGUCGACUAGAGAAAACGUUGAUCUUAUCGAAAGAUGAACUGUUAAUGCAUCAAAACAGUUCCCUAAGUUUGUCAACAAUGACUAGCAUACGGGAACAACGACCUUCAAUACAUGAUUAUGAACAAUGGACGGAGAUCGAAGAUGACGCGAAAAAAUUGCAAGAACUUGUUCAGACACAAAAGAAUCAAAUUAAUGAAAUUGUUAGUUUAAUAUCUCAAUCGGCGACAAUGUCUAACAGUCUUGACCUGCCAACUGCAACUGAAAACAAUUCUGAAGACUCCAGUGCUGACAAUCCCACGACACCAGUUGCUGGAAAAAUUUCAUUUAGUUCUCUCCUGAAGAAAAUCAAGUGCAUUGCAGGCCAUCAAACACAACCAGAACUCACACCUGCUGAACCAUUACAAGAGACAAUGUUGGAAAAUCAUUCACCCGGUGUUUCACCUACCCAAUCGCUGGCAACAUUGACUCUAACAUCGCUUCAGACAAAUGAGCAACCUGGUGUGUCCAAUCUUCAUGUUGAAGAACCUAUUCCCGAACUACCUGCACAAACAAUCGAACCUCCAUCACCAACAGUUGAAACAAAAGAACUCAAAAAAUGUCCUAUUUGCAGUGUUGUCUUCGAAGCAACGAUCACUGAUGUAGAAAUGUAUGACCACAUUGACAAAUGUCUAUUUCCUUCCAUGGCAAAAGUUGAACCAACUUUAUACGAAUGCCCUGAAUGCAGUCGAAAAUGGCCGAGUGACGACGAACAAGCUUAUCACCAGCAUCUCUCAGAUUGUUUUAACAGAGACAUUUAA